AUGAUCAAGGGAUCGGAUGCAACUCAUACUCCAAGUUUCCCCGACUCCUGGACAUUCUCCCUUCUGAUUCCUCAGCACCUGCUGACCUGUAAACUAGGCUCAGGAACUAUCCAUGAGCCUAACGAUGUCAUCAGAAAGCUUCAGUUGAUGGAUGCCCAAGGUCAAGUGUGGGGCCAGAACGUGCUCCUGCAGGUCGAAGACGACUGGCUCCAAAUCUUGGAUAUUGAGACAAGGGAAGAGUUGGAUUCCUACCCCUUGGAUGGCAUUCAGUCAUUGGAAGUUGUAUUAAAUAGCUGUUCCUACAAUUCAGUUCUACAAAUUAUCCUUCAGAGGCUGGGCGACUCUUUCACCAGUAUCCUGCUUUUUCAGUGCUGGGAAGUUAAGGCUGAGAUCCUGAAGAAUCACCUACAGAAGGCUAUCGAUGAACUUAAAGAGACACAAGAACCAAGUUCCCAGGAGCUACAGAGGUUUGACCAGAUUCCUCAGCAGAAAGCACAGCCUGAGCACCCUCUGGACCUGGAUAAAGACCUGGAGGAGCUGAACAAAACCCUGAGUGACAUUGAUAUGUUGGUGGCGAUGGCAUCAGAUGGCCAGAAAAGUAAUUCUAAGAAGCUUAUGGGGAAGAAGAAGAAGAAGACCCAAAAAGAGCCUUUCUCAGAACCCCAAUAUAUUGUCUGCUUCCAGAAGAUCAAGCAUGCAUUGAAUCUAGUGGGAAUCCUGAACCCCCAUCUACAGCAGCCAAGUGGUCCUGACCUUGUCCACAUGCUCUUCCAAGCUUUGAACAUGGUGAUGUCCAACUGCCCCCAUCCUCAUAUGGCAGCUUCCAUAGAUGUUCCUCGGUUAACCCCCAAAGCCAUUGCCCUGCUACAGUCUUGUCUGACACCAAAUGAAAUGGAUUUCUGGCAAAGUCUGGGAGAGUUCUGGACCACAAGCACGGCUAAUGGAGCAGACCAAAGGCCGGAAACUCCUACACUCGGCCCCAGACAUUACGGGCUGGGCAAUCCCCAGCACAACCCGGCCAAGGACCAAGAUCGCUUCUCCCUCAGACACAAAGUCCUGUCCUCCUGGGAGAAGAGCAGCCAGUGUUCUCAGGGCUGGAACAAGCUGUCUCUUGGCCCUGGCACCCUGACCCUUUCCCAGCCGGUGCCCCCUGCCCACACAGUCUCACAACUGAAACACUCAGAAGCUCCUCUGCCCGCCCUGCUGAGCUGUGAGCAGCGGGAAGAGGCUGGGCUCCCAGCAACAGGUCCUCAGCCUGGGGACCUAAGAACUCUCUCUGACUCUCCAUCUCCUGCAGUCCCAGCCCAGCCCAGCACCCUGUUAAUGCAAGUUCAGUAUGAGUUUGAAAGCAGAAACCCACGGGAGCUGACAGUGGUCCAGGGCGAGGUGCUGGAGAUUCUGGACCAGAGUAAACAGUGGUGGCUCGUGAAAAAUGAAGCCGGCCAAAAAGGCUACAUCCCGAACAACAUCCUAGAACCUCUGCCACAGGGUCUACGAAGGACCAGGAGCCAGGCUGGCUCCCCAAUUCAGGGUCCUUUGCUGAGGACCACCUCCAAGCCACACGAAGUAAGGGACUGGUUAAUGUCAGAGAACUUCUCUACCAUCACCAUUAAGAGUUUGGGAGUACUGACAGGAGGCCAGCUCCUGCACAUGCAGCCCCGAGAGAUACAGCUGGUGUGCCCAGAGGAGGCCCCCCGAAUCCUAGCCCGGCUAGAGGCGGUGAAGAGGACUCUAGGGGUGAGGCUAGCCUAG